GGCAUCCGCAGCGAGUAAGAAAGAACGGCGACCGUCGUCGCUGUCCUCGCCGGGGAUGGGUCUCGACAGCGUGGAGAUCGACAAGAUGGCCGACGUGCCCAUCAACGACAGCACGCCGCCGAGCAAGCCGAACAUGCCGAGGAUGUCCGUGGACCUGGGCAAGCCCUCCGCCGCUGGCGGCGGCGGCCUCGGGCGGACGGCGAGCAAUUUCGGGGAGUCGCUCCGGAGGACGACGAGCAACUUCGGAAACUUCGGGAUUUCGUUCAGGAGGACGACCAGCAGCGCGCUGAAGAAGACGGCGGGGAUCCUGCCCGGCGGCGGGGGCAAGACCCCGCCGGCCUCCGGGAGGCAGCAGCGGGUGCAGAGAACGGCGUCGUCCGCCGCGAGAGGGCUCCAGUCGCUGAGGUUUCUCGACCGGACGACGACCGGAAGGGAGACGGAUGCUUGGCGGGCGAUCGAGCGGCGGUUUGAUCAGUAUGCCGUUGAUGGGAGGCUGGCUAAGGAGCACUUCGCCGCCUGCAUUGGAAUGGCGGAUUCGACGGAAUUUGCGUCGGAGCUGUUCGAGGCGAUUGCGAGGCGGAAGUUCAUACCGACGGCCGGCGGGAUAACGAAAGAUCAAUUGAAGGUGUUUUGGGAGGACAUGACCAAACAGGAUCUUGAUGCUCGUCUCCAGAUUUUCUUUGACAUGUACGUAUAUCAUUAUAUCAACCUACUUACUUAUUUCCCCUUUUCU